AUGGGGAACUCCACGCUUUCCGCGUCACCCACGCUCCUCCCCACCGUCUCUCACACACCUCCCCACGCACACGCCCACGCUUCCCUUCGCCGUCGCCAACGCGUUCUGCCACCGUCGCUCACGCUUCCCCUUACCGCCGCUCACGCUUCCUCCUGCCUUCCCCCACGCAUCCCCACACCGUCGCGCGCGCCCUCCUUCACCUUCCUCCACGCUUCCCCACACCGUCGCUCGCGCCUUCCCCCACCUUCCCUCACGCGCGCCCCGCUCAUCGCCCACACUUCCUCCCACCGUCGCUCACGCUUUCCCCCACCGUCGCCCACGCUUCCUCCCACCGUCGCCCACGCUUUCCCCCACCGUCGCCCACGCUUCCCCCCACCGUCGCCCAAGCUUCCCCUCACCGUCGCCCACGCUUCCUCCCACCGUCGCCCACGCUUCCUCCCACCGUCGCCCACGCUUCCCCGCUCAUCGCCCACACUUCCUCCCACCGUCGCCCACGCUUUCCCCCACCGUCGCCCACGCUUCCCCCCACCGUCGCCCACGCUUCCCCCUACCGUCGCCCACGCUUCCCCCCACCGUCGCCCCCUCUUCCCCCCACCGUCGCCCACGCUUCCCCCCACCGUCGCCCACGCUUCCCCCCACCGUCGCCCACGCUUCACCCCCCCCCCGUCGCCCACGCUUCCCCCCCCCGUCGCCCACGCUUCCCCCCCCCGUCGCCCACGCUCCCCCCCCCCCGUCGCCCACGCUUCCCCCCACCGUCGCCCAUGGCAGGUGGUGGUGCGGCUUUGGAGCAGAGUGUUGGGCGCCCAGCCAGGGCAGCGCGUGCAGGCGGGCAGCAAGGAGUGCAGUGCUGCAGGGGGCGGGUCGGGGGAGGCGGAGCGGGGAAGGCGGGGGUUAGGGAGAGAGGGUGCAGGGAUCCUCCAAUCCCCCUUAUACCCUGCCACACUCUUACCACCUGCCCUCCUCCCUUACUCCGUUCCGUGGGGCCCCCACGGUCGUCCUCCUCUCCCUCUCUCUUUCUCCCUUCCUCCAUCUAUCCCACACUCUCUGCCUCACUACCCUCUUUCCCCUGCUCCCCAUUCUCCCUCCCUUCCUCCUGCCCUCCCUUCCUGCCAUUCUCCCUCUCCUCAUCCUCCCUCGAUCCAGUCCCUCUUUCCAUUUCCAUCUCCCACUCGCCGAUCCUCUCAUCCGCCCCUCCUCUCUCAUCCGCCCAUCCUCUCAUCCGCCCAUCCUCUCAUCCACCCAUCAUCUCAUCCGCCCAUCCUCUCAUCCGCCCAUCCUCUCAUCCACCCAUCAUCUCAUCCGCCCAUCCUCUCAUCCGCCCAUCCUCUCAUCCGCCCAUCCUCUCAUGCGCCCAUCUUCUCAUCCGCCCAUCAUCUCAUCCGCCCAUCUUCUCAUGCGCCCAUCUUCUCAUCCGCCCAUCAUCUCAUCCGCCCAUCUUCUCAUCCGCCCGUCAUCUCAUCUGCCCAUCUUCUCAUCCACCCAUCUUCUCAUCCGCCCAUCCUCUCAUCCGCCCAUCCUCUCAUCCGCCCAUCCUCUCAUCUACCCACCCUCUCAUCCGCCCAUCCUAUCAUCCCCCUUUCUCUCAUUCGGCCUUCAUCCUCCCACCAUCGCCCACGCUUCUCCUCACCGUCUACCACUGCCACUGUCACCCACGCCUGCCCUCCCAUCGCCCACUGCCUCCUGUCCACCACCAUUUACCCCACCUUUCCCCAUCAUUUCCACCCCCUUCAUUUCCCCAUCAUUUCCCCCACCUUUCCCCCUCAUUUUCCCCUUUCCCCCCUCCAUUCUCCCUCUUGUCCUCCUCGUUCCCCCCUCCUUUACCCCUCCUUUCUCCUUCCUUUCCCCAUCAUUUCCCCAGCCUUUUCCCCUCCUGCCCCACUCCCUCUCCCUCUCCCUCUCCCUCUCCCUCUCUGUCUCCGCUCCCUCUCCCCUCCUUCCCCCCUCCCUCUCCCUCUCCCUCUCCCUCGUCCUCUCCUCCCCAUUGCAUGCCUGGUUGACUCCCAUCUCCUGCUAGCAGAGGCCGCUGCAUUUGCGCAGCCAUCAAUUUCUGAGGCGCCUCAAGGAUCGUCUCGACGCAAUCCCCACUCUCUCCUUCCUCCCCACUGCACACCUGCCAGAACCGCAUCUUGUGCUACCAGGUACUGCCCUGCACUGCCAUCUCCCUAUUCACCUCAACUUCCCGAGGUAUACACCCCCGCCUCCCGUCCUCUCAUCCUCCCUUCCUCUCAUCCUCCCUUCCUCUCAUCCUCCCUUCCUCUCAUCCUCCCUUCCUCUCAUCCUCCCUUCCUCUCAUCCUCCCUUCCUCUCAUCCUCCCUUCCUCUCAUCCUCCCUUCCUCUCAUCCUCCCUUCCUCUCAUCCUCCCUUCCUCUCAUCCUCCCUUCCUCUCAUCCUCCCUUCCUCUCAUCCUCCCUUCCUCUCAUCCUCCCUUCCUCUCAUCCUCCCUUCCUCUCAUCCUCCCUUCCUCUCAUCCUCCCUUCCUCUCAUCCUCCCUUCCUCUCAUCCUCUCUUCCUCUCCUCCUCCCGUCCUCUCAUCCUCCCUUCCCCCCUUCUCCCCUCCCGUCCUCUCAUCCUCCGUUCCUCGCAUCCCCCAUCCCCCCUUCUCCCCUCCCACCCUUCCACCCUCCAGCCCUUGUGCUCAUCCUCCCUUCCCCUCAUUCUCCCUUCAUCUCAUCCUCCCAUCCUUCUUUUCUUCCUUCCCCCCCUCCCUUCCUCCCUUCCACCCUUCCACCCAACGUCGUCCUCUCCUACUCCCUUCCUCUCUUCCACCCUCUCCCCUACUCUCUGCUUCAGUGUCUUUCCCCCCUCUCUUUCCCCUUUCCUCCCUCCCUUCACCCCAUCCUCUCGUCCACCCUUCCUCCUUGUCUCCCUUGCUCAUUUUCUCCCUCGGCACAGUCCUUGUUCUCUGCAUCCCUCUCUGCCAUCCUCCCUUCCUCUCAGCCUCCUCACUUCCUCUCGUCAGCCAUUCCUCUGCACCCUUCUACCCUGCCACGCGACUACACUCCUACCCUGUCUGUAUAUUCUAG